AUGUCGCUGCGAGCCGCCCUUAGCACCGCCCGCCGUGCACACACCACCGCAGCCUUUAGGGCAGCAGCUUCUCUCCCCGCUACUCGCCUUGCAGCUCGCUCCUACACCACCUCGACAGCUACCCGCGAAGCUGCCGCAACUCUCGAGCGCGAACAGGCUCAGCUGGAGCGCGUCCUGGAGACGGCUCGUACGAACGCAGCCAACAACGCAGCCAACGGCAAGAAGACGGACCCUCAGUUCCACAAUGGUCUUCGCAUGCUCAUGUUUGGAAAGCCUGCUAGUGGAAAGGGAACACUGAGCUCGAGGCUAAUCAAGUCGCACGACAUUGCAUUCGUGUCCACCGGCGACGUUUUGCGACACGAGAUUCGCAGCAAGAGCGACGUUGGACGCAAGGCGGAGAAAGUCGUCGCGGCCGGCGGUCUCGUCUCGGACGAGCUUAUGCUUGAGCUGGUCAAGACCGAGCUGGACCGUCACAAGGGCAAGAGCUGGAUCCUCGAUGGAUUCCCGCGCACCCUCGAGCAGGGAAAGAUGCUGAACGACGUCCUCACCGCCGAGGGCAUUCCCCUCAACAUGAUCGUCAACCUCAACGUGCCCGACGCGAUCAUCAUGCAGCGCAUCACAUCACGUUGGGUGCACCUCCCGUCGGGUCGUGUCUACAAUGACGACUUCAACCCGCCAAAGGUGCCCGGCAAGGACGACGUGACCGGUGAGGACCUCAGCAAGCGCCCAGACGACACUCCCGAGGUCUUCUCCAAACGUCUCCAGUCGUACUACAAGUCGACCGCACCACUCCUCGAGUACUUUGCGCACACGUGCCCCGAGACUCUGAACUCGCUCUCGGGCUCGAGCUCGGACGAGAUCUGGCCCCACCUCGAGGCCCUGGUCGAGCCGGCCAUUGCGCACCGCGACCCCGAGCUCGCCAACGCCGACCCGCAGGUCACGCACACGCGCGAGGAGGCCGACGACCUGCGCAACUCGGCCGAGCUGCCCAUGGACAACGGCAGGCUGGCCCACGUCCACUAG